AUGUCAACAAAAUCUCGCCUACCUACUUCAGACACCCGCCAGUUCAGAUACCUGCCCAAGGACCAAUGGCCUGCCCCAAUCGUCCACUUUCCAAACCUUGGCGAUUUCAUUGUCCUUACUGUCGAUCCGUUGGCCUCAGUGGCACAUUUGGACGAGGCAGCAAGAGUCGCUGCACGGGCACUGCCGCGACGGCGUUUCGUGGCUUUGGUGAUGGGGAUUCAUGGCAUACCGUUGAGGACAAAGCCGUUCACGCAUUGCUCCAUCGCACUGGUUCGCCAAGGGCUGCCUACUCUGUAUAGUCCCCCUUGGGCGUCGCCCGACAUGUGCUAUCCCAUUCUACCAAACACAACACAUCCAACACGCACCGAGACCGUGCAGCCUAUCCAUCCACUUCCUCUGGACAACUGCUACAUCGAUACGACGGCCUCGUUUUUGGACUCAAUUCGCUGUCGUGUCACGACAUUGCCUCGAGAUUACACCCCAGUACUGCCCGUUCCGAUGUCCCAACUCACUCAUCUACGGGCGCUAUUCAGCGACGAGGUGGCCGAUCUCGAGGAUCUCGAGGAGAGACUGGAGAUGGGGGAUGUGGACGUGAUCGCUUCCAUCCCGCUGCCGACUACACCUCUGUCCGCUUUCCAAGUCCCUCUACCUCCCUCGCCAUCCCCCGCUCCGCAGGAAGAUCUGGGCCCAUCCGAUCUUGGAAUGACCUGCGAUCCCUGUUCGUCUGAAGCAGAGACAUCCGAGUUUGCGGUCAAACAUGCCGUCGGGGAUGAGGUGUCCAUGAUCGGUAGUGAAGAUAGCAACUCGUCUAUCGUUGAGGGCUCGGAAGGGCCCGGGAGCGAAGCGGCCGACGACCAGUUAUUCGAGAUGCUGCGCUUCGAGAAUAUGCUCAAUGACAUGGGUGACUUGCACGACCCCGUUGUUCAUGUUUCGUACGAUCUAGACAUGGUCAGUGAAGUUGAAGACCCCAUGCUCUUCAUCAAAGUUCGAGACCAACUGCGCCGUAUCAUUGACGAGGCUGAAAUCCGGCUGGGGAUCAGGGCCGAGUCUGCUCCCUCAGCACGUAGCCCAUCGCCAAAGCCUUCGCCGGUUCCGAGCACGAAACUCGAUCGAUCGGCGAAUGACGUUCAAGCUACCGACACCGUUCGCAAUAAGUCGAAUGAACGUGUACCACGUAGGGUGCCUCUUGCGAAAGCGUUGGCUCGUUGCUGGCGUGCUUCACUGUCGUUAUGGCGUCACUUGCGUGGGUUAGCGACGUUUCCCUGCCAUAGUACUUCGGCGACAUCCGAUGCUAUGUAA